AUGGCAAGCACUUUAAGAAAUCAAACCUUGAUGAUAGGAAAAACAGGAUCAUCUGUAGUUUCAUUUCAGGAAGAAGAUGCUCAAUGUCCUGUAUGCAAGAGUGACAAAUACCUUACGCCUAAUCUCAAGCUUCUCGUGUCGCCAUGCUUUCAUAAAAUGUGUGAAUCGUGUAUUGAUCGGCUGUUCAGCGCAGGCCCUGCGCCCUGUCCGAUCUGUCAGCAAGUGUUGAGAAAGAACCAAUUCAUGUCACAGAUCUUUGAAGAUCUUGCAGUCGAAAAAGAAGUUCGCAUACGUAAAAGAGCGGCUCGAGUAUUCAACAAAAGAGCAGAAGAUUUUCCUAGUCUACGAGCAUACAAUGAUUAUUUAGAAAUGGUGGAGGAUAUAACGUUCAAUUUGAUGAAUGAAGUGGAUGUGGCGGAAACGGAAGCAAAGAUUGCAGCCUAUGAAAUGGAAAACAAAGACAGUAUUGCAGCAAACCAAGCCAAGAAUGUCAAUGAACAGCGCUUCAGAAGCUAUCAAGACGAAAUGGAAAAACAAGAGAGGGAGCAAAAGAGAGAGGAAUAUCUUCAACAGUUGGAGGAGGAGAGAAAGCAAAAGGAGAUGGAGAAAUCGGAUAUCAUCUCAGAGCUUGCUUCAACGAACAAAUCUGCUCAGGCAGUAAUACAAACAAGACAAGCGACUGCGCUAAAAAGAUCAUCUGCUCUUCGUCAGCAGCAACAGCAGCAAUCGGAAUCCAGUAGAAUUGCCAUGCCGUCCUGGAUUACUACUGCUAUGGAUACGGAUGCUGAGAUGAGAGAGAAUGAAGCAAGAAACUUUGAUCCACUGUCAUUACAGUAUGAAUAUACCUCUGGAUACACUGUUCGUGAAAACUACAUUGAUCCAUCCACCGAGUAUUUACACAACAAUAAGCAAGCUAAAGCAGGAGGUUAUGCACCAAAAUUUGCACACCAACGAGCAUUAAUGUCUGCAUUUACUGGUGUCUUGUGUCAGCCUAUAGACUAA